AUGGUAAAAGGUGACAAACUCAUUUACUACAGAUGGCUCUUGAACAACACCUACUAUAAGCCUGGAGGCCCAAUAUUCUUUUAUACGGGAAACGAAGGCGAUGUUGAAGGUUUCGCAACAGCUACUGGUAUGAUGUGGGAUCUUGCCCCAAUGUUCAACGCUGCAAUAAUCUUUGCCGAACAUCGCUUUUACGGUGCAAGUCUACCUUUCGGGAACGAAUCGUACUCGAGCAUUGAAAACAUGGGAUAUUUGACGUCAGAGCAAGCCCUCGCAGAUUUCGCAGCUCUCUUGUUUACCUUGAAGACACCCAAUAAUGGUAUGCCGGUAUCAUAUCCUAAAAGCACAACAGUAAUAGCUUUUGGUGGAUCCUACGGUGGAAUGUUGUCGGCAUGGUUCCGUAUUAAGUACCCUCAUGUCGUUACCGGUGCCUGGGCUGCGUCAGCGCCGUUGCUCUAUUUUAGAGGAGGAAAUGUUGACCAAGGAGCUUUCGAUGCCAUAACAACGAAUACAUUCGUGAAUGCUGGCUGCAAUAGAUACAUCGUAGCACAUAGCUGGAAUGCUAUUCUAAAUCUCUCAUCAACAGCUGAAGGACGAGAUUUCCUCAAUACUCAGUUCAAUAUUGAUCCUAAAUCAAAAAUCAAUUCAACAGCUGAUGGAUGGAAUCUCAAUUACUACUUCAGGGAAGCAAUCGAAUACAUGGCAAUGGUUGACUAUCCAUAUCCCACCGGCUUUCUUAAACCGCUUCCUGCGUGGCCCGUUAAAGUUGCCUGUUCAUUUAUGAGUACUCCCGGUGAUUCAUUCAGCGACAAAGAGUUGGCGACGCGAAUGUAUUAUGCUUCUAAUGUUUACUACAAUCACACCGGCUCAUUAAAAUAUAACUGCAUUGAUCCAGACGUUUGCGGAGAUCCAGGAACUUCCGGACUUGGUGGCGCUCAGCUUGGAUGGCCUUGGCAGGAGUGCAGCGAGAUCGUUAUAGACAUGUGUUCAAGAGGAGGCAAAAACGAUUUCUUCUGGGAUGAGUGUCAGACAGACUCCACGGCUUUGCUAAUAGAGCAAUGCAAUGCAACCUUUGCAUCACAAGGAGAGCUGGAUCCAUGGUCUGGAGGAGGUUACGCCACAAACUCUCCAGGAGUCAGUCAAGACCGAGGCAUCUAUGUAAUGAAGAUACCAGGAUCAGCACAUCAUUUGGAUUUGCGGACACCAAAUACUUGUGAUCCCAACACGAUUACAAACGCCAGAUAUCAGGUGCGUGAAGGAGCCCAUGGGACGCUUUCCUAUAGCUGA